CGAAACAUCAACGAUUACAAAGCUCGAACAGGAACUCCCGACCGUGUUGCCUUGCCCGGAAAAUGCAACACCGGGCCCAAUUCACUUUCAGUCUUGCCGUCAUUCUCGUAGCAAACUCGAUUUUCGGAAUUUGACAGCAGAGCUGCAAGACGGAUAUGUUUUUUUAAAUAAUUUUUUCAUAUUUUCACAUUAGUAAAAUUUCUAUUUAUUAUUUUUAAACGUCUUUUUAACCAUACGGGAAAUAAAAUAAUAAAAAAAUUCCAAUACUAUUUCGAUCGACAACAUUGGGCAGUCAAAUAAAUUUUCUUGUGCAAAAUUGUUUGUAUGUCGACGAACAAGAGCGAAAAUAUAUGAAUUCAUAUGAGUUCGGUUCUAAGUGAAUUACAAAUUUUAAAUAUAUUUUAAAUUUUGGCAAAAAUCGCCAAGAUAUUGCGUUUGGCAGCGCAGACGGAGCGUUUUUCCGUGUGUCCUUGCGAGGUGACUGGUAAACAUACAUAAGAAAAUUUCUUAUAGAGGAUUAGUGUUGUGAAAAACUUUGCCGUGGAGUACCAGAAAUUAACUUGGAAUAAAGGGGCUUCAAGGAAACUGAAGUGCCCAAAAGGUGUUGUGAAAAUUGUACUUCGUAAAGGCGGCAAAUACUGUGUCACCUUAAGAAAUUCCCGUCAGGAGAUAGAAUCAACAGCAACAUCAAAGCAAAAUUUAUCAACACCGCCACAAACUGUAACAGAAAAAUCCCACGUUGCAGAAGGCAGCGCGAAAACAUUGCCUAAAAUUGCUCCAGUUCGGCAAAAUAAAUCUACAGUCCGGCUACAAAGAAAGCCGGAAAAUCGGCAAGUCAGGAAAAAAAUGGAAAAGAAAGCACAUAAAACAAUACGGAAUGGCAAUAUGAUAGUAACAAGCGGUGGUGGUGUCAGUGCCAGCACUGGCAGUGCAGUUACAUCCGCAAUGACGCUUACCGCACCCACGCUAACAGUUGGACAAAAACAUCACACGACAGGCGGUAGCGCUGUAGCAGCAACCAUGGGUACUAACAGUGGUCUCAGUAGUGCCGGCAAGCAUCGCAGCAGCAACUCAAGCCAUCACUAUCACGCCCACCACGGGCACACCACUAGUCAUCAUCAUCCACACACACACAGUCAGAAACAGCAAACGCAAAUGCAUCACACGCCGAGUCCAGCCCUUAUGCUCGCUGUCGGCAAAACGGCCAACGAAUCCAGUAAAAGCACGAAAAUCAUGAGCACACAAAUCACCAACGCAAUGGAGCAUGCCGCAGCGAUGGUAACAACAGUCAGUCCCAAGUUAACAACGUCGACGGCGAUGCGCAACAAAAACGAAGAGGCUAUCAACGACUUACGUCAACGCAUUCCUGAAAUCGAAAAUAUAUUCGAUGUACACAGUCGCAUCGGUAAUGGCACAUUCAGCACCGUGCUUUUGGGCACUCUGAAGAAGGAACGUGAUUUACCUGAGCACAUGCGUCGUAAAUUUGCAAUCAAACAUCACAUACCCACCAGUCAUCCGGAUAGGAUAAUGAAGGAGCUGCAGUGCAUGGCGAAAAUCGGCGGCACGGACAAUGUAGUCGGCAUCAAUUGCUGCAUCCGCUACAACGAAUCGGUGGCCUUCAUCAUGCCAUACAUGCAGCACGAUCGGUUUCACGACUUCUUCAACAAAAUGGAUCUGGCCGAAUUGCAACACUAUAUGCGCAAUCUGCUGAUCGCCCUGAGGCACGUACACAAAUUCAAUGUCAUACAUCGCGACGUGAAGCCGAGCAAUUUCCUAUAUAAUCGUCGCAAACGCCAAUUUCUGUUGGUGGACUUCGGCUUGGCGCAGCAAGUGCCUACACCACACAUGCCGAGCGCGCUGGAAGCCGGUUGUGAGCAAUCGAAUGCGUCGGCCGCCUUAACGAUCGGCACGGAGGGUAAGCGUCCGCGCGAUGGUGACGAAACGACAUCCAGUAAGACGAUUGACGGUUCCAAUUGUAGUGUGGCGGCUGGUGAUGCCUAUGGCGGUUCUAAACGUCCGCGUUGCACCGGUCCGCUAGGUGACCAAGAGUUGGCGGCUAAUGCGACGCCAAAUGCGCGCGUCGCUAACAGCUGCAUUGUGGGCGGGUCACCAUUCAAAAUGCCACUGAAACAGCUGAACGAGAUCACCGCGGCUGCUGGCAAUAAAAAUGGCGCUGUAGGCUUGGCAGCUGGUACUGCUGGAGCAAGCGGCGUCAAUAACAAUACUAACAACAGCGGCGGUAAUGGCAUUUGCGAGACUCCGCUGGGCCGUCAAGUGAAGUCGGCCAUACUGGGGAGUACGGCCGGUAGCCGCUUUCAGCAGAAGGUACGCCAAAGCGCUGGUUGUGUGCGGAAUCCCAGCAGCAUUGUGCCGGAAGGCGCCACUGGUUCGAAUGUCGCGCCACAGUGUGCCGACAUGGCCAGCAAAUACAAUACCAACCGCAACCUCAGCACCGCCAACGGUCCGAAAUGCGUCUGUUAUGGCAAUCCACAGGUGUGCAAUAUGUGUCUGGUCAAAAAGGAAAUGCAUGCGUCGCGCGCCGGCACGCCAGGCUAUCGACCGCCCGAGGUAUUGCUCAAGUAUGCCGACCAAACCACAGCAGUAGACAUUUGGGCGGCGGGUGUAAUUUUCCUAUCCAUACUGUCGUCGGUAUAUCCAUUCUUCAAAGCGCCCAAUGACUUUGUAGCGUUGGCCGAGAUGGUGACGAUAUUCGGCGACAAGACCAUACGUAAGACUGCCUUCAUACUCGACCGCCUGUUGACGCUCAGCCAAAAGACGAAACCGCUCGAUCUACGCAAGCUGUGUGUACGCUUUCGCAAUCGCAUAAAAUUUAGCUCACCGGAUUUGCUGAAGAAGUAUCAGCGCGCAGAUGGCACCUGUGAGGUAUGCCGCAACUGUGAUCAAUUCUACUUCAAUUGCCUGUGCACGGAAACCAAUUACAAUACUGAGCCGCUGGACGAUGAUGAUCCAUUCCCCGCGAGCGCUUACGAUCUGCUCUACAAACUGCUCGAAGUCAAUCCACUGGAACGCAUCACUGCCGAGGAGGCGCUCAAACAUCCCUUCUUCAGUGAGACAUCCACCAGCGGCAGUGCCGCAAACAACAACAAUGGAAGCGGCAGCGCAAUCGAAUUGGAGACCACUCAGAAGAAGGGUGCACGUGAUAAGGUAGAACCUUGAAAUUUGCGUAAACGUCGUGGCAAACGCAAAGGAAAGGGGAAGGGGAGAGAGAAACCAAAAGAAACAGAAUGUGAGGAAGAGCAAGUGUGAAAUGUAUAGUCGGUGGAGUUCGUUGUUAUUUUUUGAAAAAAAAAAAAACUGAAAUUGUUGAUCUUGUGCACCUUCAGUCUCGGACGCAUCGAAAACUAGGCAGC